UGACAUGACAUUGAGAUACAAAGACGGCGGUGUUCGGUUCGGCGAGUCAUUUUUUAACUGCUGCCAUUUAUUGAAAUAAGACAAAAAAAAGAAGUUUAAUAUUAAUAUUGUUUGCUUUUUUAACGUAAAAAAACUAUCUAAUAUUUUGUUAUACUCAGAUCUGUUUUCAAUUAUUAAAGAUGUUGAUUAAGGUUAAGACGCUCACAGGCAAAGAAAUUGAAAUAGACAUAGAACCUACUGAUAAGGUGGAAAGGAUCAAAGAGCGGGUUGAAGAAAAAGAAGGCAUUCCCCCACAGCAACAACGUCUUAUAUUUUCAGGGAAACAAAUGAAUGAUGAAAAAACCGCCCAGGAUUACAAAGUGCAGGGAGGAUCCGUGCUGCAUUUGGUGUUAGCUUUGAGAGGGGGGCAGUGAUCUCUUGUGAUGUAUCCAGCUUGUUUUAUAAUAACACUUAAUUUAAUAUUCAUUUCUUGUAUAAAGUAAAACAUGAUUAAAAUUAUGUUAUGCUAUUAUUUUUAAUUACAAUAAUAUUGUAAA